AUGGAAGAGCAGCUUCAAAAAGGCGUCAUGGUUUCAGACGAGGAUGCCGAGUAUGAGACGGCAGGCGAAGCAGGAGACGACACAACAAUUAUUGCAACAGGCUCUAGAGAAGAUAGAGCAGUGUCCAGCGUCGAUCAAGACCCAUCAGACAAUGCCGACAUGGACUUGAGCGACCGCGAUGCCUCAGGCGAGGAUGUAGACGCAUCGGGCGAGGAAGAUAAUGAAUACAUGGCACCCCCACAACUAUCGUCCCACAACAGCCUACAAACCGAUCACGAAGAAGAUGAAGCGGACGAGGAAGCAGAAGGGGAGGAUGCUGAAGAGGAACAUGACGAUGUGGAUGUGGAUGCCGAAGGAGAAGAGUACGAAGACGACGAGGGCGUUGGCGCUGUCAAAUUUCAACCCGGAACGAGAAAUAACGACGACGAAGAUAGCGAAAGUGAGAAAUCCGAGUUCGCUAGCGCCAACGAAGAAGAGUCAGACGAGGAGGCUGCUUGGGACGAUGCUGCCGAAGCCGAAGAAGAUCACGAUGAUGAGGAAACUGCAGAGACAAACAACUGCCAUUUCUGUACUCAAGGCGAAGACGACGACCCAAGCGAGGAGUUCGAGGCGUACUUGGCUUGCGCUCGUUGUGGCCUCAAUGCUCACCAGCAAUGCGCGCGUGAUGCCGCAGCAUUGAGCACCGAAAAUACCCCUGAUAAUUGGAAAUGCCCAGAUUGUUAUGGCCAAGAAUCUGACGCCGAGGAAGAAGACGAGGUAAUGGAGGACCAUGAUGUCGAGCAUGAUGCCGGACUUCCUUCUCAACAAUCUGAAAUUCCCGAACUCUCAGGCGAAGCCUAUUUUGAGCAACAAGUGGAGGACGAGGAUGCUAGCUCCCAUCAUGAAUCACAACAUGAAGACGACGACGAGCCUGAUGAGGAGCUGAGAGAGGCACCGCGCACCUUGAGAAAGCGCAAAUCGUCGUCAUUGGAAACUGAUGGAAACUCGAUUUCGUUGAGAAAACGCCGACGAAACCAGUCUAACGAUGCAGCAUCUGAAGGCACGGCGCGAAAUGAGAGCGCUGAACCAAGUCGACAUAACUCCUCCAGAACUUUACGUCUCAAGGUUACACGGUCCCCACUAGUUUCGAUUCAGAAGCACACGCGUACGUCGCUCGUACUUAAACUCCAGGUCAAGCCUGGCAACCUGAAGGAAGUUCUUGGCCGCAAAAAAAGAGAGACCAGACGACAACCUGGAACUGUCACAAGACCGCCUCCUCAACGACCAGUCCCAACACCAAGAGCUACCGCAAUUGCAGCUAUAUCUGUCCUCCCAACCCCCUUUACAUCGGACAAUUAUUCACAACCAUUAUACUUCGACUGUGAUCUCGACGAAAUGCAGGGCAAACCCUACGGUGGCAUUUUGUCAGAAGCAGAGGCUGACACAUCCAAAACACUUCCAGCCGAAGAUGACGAGAACAGGUUCAAGGAUGCUUUGCAGAAGGCUGACGAAGAAUGGAGAGCACGGCUUCUGGCCAUGCAAGAAGAGGCCCACGCGCCUGUCCGGAAAGCGAAGAAGACGGCUGACAAUGCCAGCCAUAUCGAGUGCAUCGAAUUUGGUGGAUGGGAAAUUGACACGUGGUAUGCUGCGCCAUAUCCUGCCGAGUACUGCACAACUCGGGUACUGUACAUCUGCGAGUUCUGCCUCAAAUACAUGGCAUCAGACUACGUUGCCUGGCGGCACAAACUCAAAUGCCCAGCCAAGCAUCCACCGGGAGACGAGAUCUAUCGACACGGAUCUGUCUCGGUUUUCGAAGUUGACGGCCGCAAAAAUCCAGUCUACUGCCAGAACCUGUGCCUUCUUGCCAAGCUAUUUUUAGGCUCGAAAACGUUAUACUACGACGUGGAACCAUUCCUCUUCUACGUCUUGUGCGAAUACAACGAGACAGGAUACCACUUUGUGGGGUACUUCUCAAAGGAAAAGCGAGCAAGUAGCCAAAACAAUGUCUCUUGUAUUCUCACACUACCAAUACACCAGCGGAAAGGCUAUGGUAACUUACUUAUUGAUUUCUCAUACUUGCUUACAAAAGUUGAGGAGAAAACUGGCUCACCAGAAAAGCCGUUGUCGGAUAUGGGUCUAGUUUCAUACCGUAAUUACUGGCGUCUAGUUAUGUGUCGGUAUUUCUUGACAGUGAUGAAAGAGGAGAAGUACGCGACAGAGGGGCUUGGUAUCAAGCGUAUAUCCGACAAUACCGGCAUGACACCAGAUGAUGUUAUAUCCGCCCUGGAGGGUCUAAGGGCUCUCGUCAGGGAUCCACAGACCAAGACUUAUGCCUUCAGAGUUGACGUGGACUAUUGCCGACAAUAUGUGGCCAAAUGGGAGGCAAAGGGCUAUGUGCAGCUGAAGCCCGAAGCCCUUGUCUGGACACCAUAUGUUAUGGGCCGAAGCAAUGCCGUCAACUUUGAGUUGGGCCCCCCAAUAAACACUAUUGCACCAAGGGAAGACGACGAGGCCAAGGUCGAUGAAGGACUUGGAACAACUGGCACUGGAGGCCAGUCCCUAAUAAACGGAGAAAGGAAUGAGGAAACUACAAAUGUCGAGACUGGUGCUGAUACUGAAGCGAACGUUAACGGCGAAGCUCAGGAUGAUGUCGUCGACGAUGACAGUGCUGAGCCAGGCCCAGUCCCGUCAAUCGAGGAUGUAACUCCUGGGGAAGAGAAAGAUAAGGAUGUGGAGAUGAAGGAUACAGAAAAUGAUGGCCCGCCUGCUUGGCUAAAGCCAUAUCGGGAUAUUCCGUAUACCCGCUUCGAGGUAUUCCCGGCUGUUCCUGGAGGUAGACGUGAAAGGGCAAGACCAAGCGUUAGCCGUCCGACCGUGCCUCGUACUACUAGUAGUGCCCCAAGGCAAAAACGCAACAGCGGCAGCCAUCGCACAUCAUCAUCAUCCAGGCCCAAGAGCUCAUCUAAGAAAAAGACUGGUGGCACAGGCCGUGGGCCAGGUCGAUGGCCCAAGGGCACAAAGAAAUCUGACUACGGAAACGCAACUAGUGGUCCUGGUCUGCCACCCGGGUGGCAGGAUAAGCAAACCAAGCUACGAGCCAUUACCGAAGGGAACGACCCAGAUCAGGAAGUGGCAGUUGAAGAGCCAGCAGAAGACUCAGUCGUGGUGUCGACGCGGGUUAAUGGAACAAAAGCUAAUAAUAGGAAUGCUGCUGCUACACGAAAAGCCUCCGUGGCGGACGAAAAUGGAGAGCAAGCUGUCGAAGGCGAGGAGGAUGUUGACGCUGAAGGAGAGGAUAUUUAA